GUGUGCGGCGGCCUCGUGCGCGGCUGAGAGCAUGGCGAAGAGCCUGAGGAGCAAAUGGAAGAGGAAGAUGCGGGCGGAGAAGAGGAAGAAGAAUGCGCCCAAGGAGCUGGAGCGGCUCAAACGCAUCCUGCAGACGAACGCGGACGUGGUCAUGGAGGAGGUCAAGGAGGUGGCCACCGUCCUGCCCCCACAGAAGGUCCUCGAGCAGGCGGAUGACUGCAAAAUGGACACGGAUAAUAAAAGAAAUAAAAAAACUCUUCUAGACCAGCACGGACAGUACCCAAUAUGGAUGAAUUCUAGGCAGAAAAAGAAGCUCAAGGCACAACGUGUUAAAGGGAAAAAGAAAGCAAAGCUGGCCAAAGGUUUAGCCUGGUAGCCUGGUUUAAUUAUAAAAUAAAGGUCUCAAAUAAGUACAUGAUCUGGAGCGGGAGGGGGAUGUAAUUUGUCAUUAUGUUGCCUGAACUUUUGAAGAGACUGUUAGGCCAGCACAUGUUGAAAGCAAGUAUCAACUUAAUAUCUGACUAAUUUCAAAAAAAAAAAAAAAAAAAAAAGAAAAAAGUGCCUUUGAAUAGACUGAGGAUCUGUGGUUAUCUGCUCUGUGGAAUGGGGAGUGUCUUCAUCUUUUGUAAUGUGGAAACUAAAAAUGCUGAGGAAAUCAUAAAAAUAAUGAAGCUGUAAAAGGUCUUUGUACUGUAGCCUUUGUUAAUGUAACUUAUGCUUUAGUUAUUUUACCACAGGGUUCUAUAAACUGACUGCAUCCCCUAGUCUUCUGUAAAAUUGCUUUUGUUGUGCUCAUCUAUGUUGCUUUUAACAUCUGGUAAUUAAUGAAAACAGACUUAACAUGUAACUUAAAAGAGAUCAUUCCUGAAGCCCCAGUGUAAUUUUCYUUCUGUAAAACUAAAGUCGAAGUGUCAGAUGUGCUUUUUUUUGCUUUUUUCAGCUCUCGGAGAAGGCUCUUUAAACAAAGAUACUGUUGUGCUACUAUUGGCAACUCAGAUAUGAUAAGAUGUAAACAGUUAAAGGUAAAAACUGGUCUCAUCUUUUUAUAUCUGUCUGAGGGCCUGCAACUGCACAGAUUGUGACUUUUGUGUCACAGAAGGUCAUUUUUGAAUAAAACCUUUUCCGAGUAAAGUAAAUGAGAAUUMAUUUUUCCAUGUGUGUUAUCAGUAGCCUUAUAUUGCUCUUAAGCUGGUACUCAUCUAUCACGUUUUACAAUGCGGACAUGGGAUAAAAAAUAGCCUGAUUGCAGAACA